AUGGGGCGCUGGAGUGUUUUGCAUGAAACCAACCGUUUAGACAGUGGCCUCGUGGUUGAGCUAUGGACCAAAGGUCUCAUAUGGGACACCUUACUGGGCACGUCAUGGAUCCCGCUGCGCAAUAUCAAACACUCCAAUCAGGAAGGCGAUGGGGACUGGCACUCACUGGACCGCGAGGUAGAGGUGAAAAACAGACAGGUAAACGGCACCAAGAUCCCCACCGGACACAAGGUGCUGAUUGAUGCUCGCUUUGAACUGCCGUUUGAGCUCCAAGAGCAAGAAUCGGCAGUGUUGGAGCGCAAACUUCGUCUGCUGCAGGAUAUGAUGCAAGGUGGGCAGCCUGCGGACCAACAAGCCCAGCUGCCUAACCAAGGCCCGCCUCACUGUCAGUAUCUCUCAGAGGACAGCGAUUACACAAGUGACGUUAACGUUCCCUGCGCAGGGAGUCUCAGUCCGCAACGGAACGGUCGGUCUGAUCUGCCCAACCAGUAUCCUGAUCAUCAGUAUGACGACCACCUCCCAGAUCACCUGAAUCACCACCCGGAUCAUUUGAAUCACCACCAGGAUCCUCUAGAUCACUUGAAUCACCACCAUCAUCACCACCAAGACCCUUACAACCACCCAGAUCUGCAUCACCACCACCACCUUCCCCACCAUCACCAGUCGGAUGAAGGGCCGCUGGACGGCUCCCCACUUCAUGCUGAGGAGGAUUACCCUGACUAUGAUUUGGACUAUGACCGGGAAAUGGAAGCUUACUAUGGGGAGGGUUACUCCGAAGACGAUAACGUUCGCUACGCAGAAGAGGAUAUGGGCGAUUAUGUAGAGGACGAUCAAGGCAGCUACUCAGAACCAGGAAUAGAGGACGGUCGCGCCCCUUACCCGAACGAUUACUACUCAGACGAGUACGACCCGCAUUACCGCGAGCACAGCUUUGACGAGUACAGCCGGGACGAGUUUGAACGAGGGGAGAGUUUUGAUAUGCCCCAGAGCGACGGGGAGUCGCUGACGAGUAGUGGGGUGGGACAACGCGCACCCCGCCCGGAAUAUAUGUACGCUCAGGAUAGUUUAAGUGGACACGGAAGUAGACCCUCAUUAGGAACUGAAAGCCUUGUCAGCAGCCAGAUGUCAUCUCCACGCAUGAGCAGGGACAACCUUCAGGAGGAGGAUCCCAGCAUGGACGUCGCGCCUCAUCACCACCCAGAGGAGGCCGGAAGCGAGGCAGACUAUGAGAGCCACAUCACGCCGGCCAAGGCCCGCUGGCUCAAUGCCUUCCAUCGGGUCCGGCAACAAAUGGAAGAGGAGCGCUCAGCCUAUUUGGAGGAGAGUGCCAAUGACUUCUCAGGUAGAGGUCUAUGGAGCAGUAUAGCCAAUGGAGGUCUUUACCUUGAUAUAAACUCAAUGCCGGAGAUUCUGCCGCGACGAAAGUCAAUACCUCUGGAGAUUGGAGUCAAAAGCUUUUGUUGGUCGUUGGCUGCUAUAAAGCGGCAGUCUGGCCCCUCCACCUUGGUCACUAGACAGUCUCUGAAUGAUGAGGAAUUGAAAAGUCAUGUCUACAAGAAGUCCCUACAGGCCCUCAUCUACCCGAUCUCCAGCACCACACCCCACAACUUCGAGGUGUGGACGGCCUCCACGCCCACCUACUGCUAUGAGUGCGAGGGCUUAUUGUGGGGCAUUGCCCGGCAAGGGGUACGCUGCGCCGAGUGCGGGGUCAAAUGCCACGAGAAGUGCAAGGACCUGCUCAACGCCGACUGCCUGCAGCUCUUCAUGACUAAGAACAGCAGAGAGGCGACAGGUUUAGUGCACAAUUUUAUGAUACGCUUACGUGCCAUACCCCACAUGCUGUUUGGUUGGAAUCUGUGCAAUUCCGCCAACACAGACAGCGACUCGGAGCCCAGCCAGAUACGGGAGGAAGACAUCUUUGAGGAGGAGGAGUUUGUGGAAAUCAAAACCUCGUCGCUGGAGCGCAUUGUACCUGACCAGCCGCAGGAUGGAGCAGCCGAGAAGAGCUCCAAGCAUGGCGCGGAGGACAAGACGCAAAACAUCAUCAUGGCCAUGAGAGACCGCAUGAAGAUACGCGAGCGCAACAAACCCGAGAUCUUUGAUCUCAUUCAGGAGGUGUUCAACAUUCCCAAGCAGCAGCAUGCAGGCCACAUGAAGGCGGUCAAGCAGAGCGUGCUGGACGGCACCUCCAAAUGGUCAGCCAAGCUGGCCACCACGGUGGUCAGCGCCCAGGGCCUGAUUGCCAAGGACAAGACGGGUACCAGCGACCCGUACGUCACGGUGCAGGUUGGCAAGGUCAAGAAGCGGACACGGACCGUCCAACAGAACUUGAACCCAGAAUGGAACGAGAAGUUCUUCUUUGAGUGCCACAACUCCUCGGAUCGGAUCAAAGUCCGCGUUUGGGAUGAAGAUGAUGACCUGAAGUCCAAGCUGAUGCAGAAGCUGACCAGGGAAUCGGAUGACUUCCUGGGACAGACAAUCAUCGAGGUGCGCACUCUCAGCGGUGAAAUGGACGUCUGGUAUAACCUGGAAAAGAGAACAGACAAAUCUGCUGUUUCAGGGGCCAUUCGGUUACACAUCAGUGUGGAGAUUAAAGGGGAGGAGAAAUCUGUGGCCCCGUACCAUGUACAAUAUACCUGUUUACAUGAGAACCUGUUCCACUAUUUGAGUGAACGUGAAGCAGGCCAGGUCAAGCUCCCAGCAGCCCGCGGAGACGACGCCUGGAAGGUGUACUUUGAAGAGACACCUCAGGAGAUUGUGGAUGAGUUUGCCAUGAGAUAUGGCAUUGAGUCCAUCUAUCAAGCAAUGACGCAUUUUUCGUGUCUUUCAUCCAAGUACAUGUGUUCGGGAGUGCCAGCCGUCAUGAGUACACUCCUAGCCAACAUAAAUGCCUUCUAUGCACACACCACGGCCUCCACUGCUGUAUCCGCAAGUGACCGCUUUGCCGCUUCCAACUUUGGGAAAGACAAGUUUGUCAAGCUGCUGGACCAACUGCACAACUCACUGCGUAUUGAUCUGUCAGCGUAUAGAAAUAACUUUCCAGCCAACAGUCCGGAGAAACUAGCCGACUUGAAGUCCAUGGUGGACCUUCUCACAAGCAUCACGUUCUUCAGAAUGAAGGUUCAGGAAUUGGCCAGUCCACCCCGCGCGGCCACCGUCGUCAAGGACUGUGUCAUUGCCUGCCUCCGGUCCACCUACGAGUACAUCUAUGAGAACUGCUUUGACCUGUACCAGCGGGAGUUCCAGCCAGACCCCUCGGACCGGCCCAGCGAAGCUGACGCCAAUGGCCCCAGCGCCAAGAGCCUGGACUUCUGGACCAAGCUCAUCUCCUUGAUCGUGUCGGUCAUUGAAGAGGAUAAGACGACGUAUACGUCGGUUCUCAACCAGUUUCCUAAUGAGCUGAACGUCGGGCAGCUGAGUGCAUCCACUAUGUGGAGUCUCUUUGCCCAUCAGGAUCUGAAAUUUGCCUUGGAAGAACAUGAACAGCAGAGGUUAUGCACCAGCGCCGAAUACAUGAACCUGCACUUCAAGGUCAAAUGGAUGUAUAAUAAAUACAUAGAGAUAGUGCCACCAUACAAGGACUCGGUACCAGACUAUCCUGAUUGGUUUGAGCCGUUCGUCAUGCAGUGGCUGAGCGAGAAUGAGGAGCUAUCCAUGGAGUUUCUCCACGGAGCCCUGGACCGGGACGAGAAGGAAGGCUUUCAGAAGAGCUCAGAGCAUUCCCGCUUCUCCUGCUCGGUGGUGGACGUCUUCACCCAGCUCAACCAGCGGUUUAACAUCAUCAAGAAACUGGAGUGCCCUAACCCUGAGAUUGUCAAUCGCUACAUGACACGCUUCUCUCAGACGGUGAACAAAGUUCUGCUUGCCUACGCGGAUGUCGUCCAUGAGAAGUUUGCCAAGUAUUGCUGCGAUGACAAGAUCUCCUUGCAGGCCUGCAUCCUGAUGAACAACAUCCAGCAGCUGCGGGUGCAGCUGGAGAAGGUCUUUGAGUCCAUGGGAGGGGAGAGUCUGGACCCGAUUGCGGCGGACAUCCUCAAGAAGCUGCAAGGCAGCCUGAACGAGGUGCUAGACCAACUCAGCCAGAUAUUCUCCAAGAGCCUUGAACUACGAUUACAAGAGAGCAUUCAGCAGCUGAGCAUGCUCCUUGGCGAGGUCAAGGGGGCGGGAAAUGUCGCCCUCAGUCAGCCAAGCCAAAAGGCCAACGUCCAAGUGGAAGCUGAUAACGUCCUCAGACCGCUCAUGGAUGUCCUCUUUAGCAACUUGACGGAGUUGGCCCAGAGUUGCGAGAAGACGGUCCUCAAGCGUCUGUUGAAGGAGAUGUGGCGCAUCGUGGUCAGCACAGUGGAGAAAGUCGUGGUCCUGCCACCCAUGAAUGACGCCUCGGAAGGGAACAGGGAAGAAAAUAAGAACCUGACACCCAAGCAGUGUGCUGUCCUGGAUAUGGCACUCGAUCAAAUUAAGCAAUAUUUCCACGCCUCUGGCAACGGUCUGAAGAAGGCCUUCCUAGAGAAGAGCCCUGAGCUUCAGUCCUUGCGCUACGCUCUCUCCCUGUACACGCAGACCACAGAUACGCUCAUUAAGACAUUCGUCCAGAGCCAAACAUCUCAAGAUCAGCCGAGUUUAACCCACUCUGUUGGCGAGGUGUCAAUCCAGGUGGAUCUGUUUACGCACCCAGGGACAGGGGAACAUAAAGUCACCGUCAAAGUGGUUGCCGCCAAUGAUCUGAAGUGGCAGACUACCAGCAUGUUCCGGCCGUUCGUGGAGGUCUACAUGAUCGGCCCCCACCUGAGCGACAAGCGACGGAAGCACAGCACCAAGUCCAAGGGAAACAACUGGGCACCCAAAUACAAUGAAACAUUCCAAUUCAUUCUUGGUAAUGAGGAUGAGCCUGAUGCCUAUGAGCUGCACAUCUGCGUCAAAGACUACUGCUUUGCUCGCGAGGACCGUCUGAUCGGCAUUGGCGUCAUGCAGCUGCGGGACAUUGUGGAGUGCGGCAGCUGUGCUUGCUGGUGCGCGCUGGGACGCAAGCUGCACGUGGACGACACCGGGGGCACCAUCCUGCGCAUCUUGUCGCAGCGCACCAACGACGAGGUGGCGCGGGAGUUUGUCCGGCUCAAGUCAGAGCGGCGGUCAGAAGGCGGCGAUGGGUGAUGACAAGCAUUGCCAGACCUAAAAAUCAGCUGCCAUUGUUUCAUUAAUGAGCAAAAAAGUGCCUCCAUCCCAAACAAGUAAAAAAAAAAGUAAAAAGUAUCCUUCAGUAUUGAGCCUUUCUGAGGGAGAAUUGUGUAUUUGAACAGUAGUUGCUCUUCAGGGAUUUCAAGAAGGGCCUAGUAGCAGACUUCAAGACGAAGAAACGUCUUCUACCGCACAUGAAGCUGGUAUGGUCACCAUAUGUAGGAGAAGUCUUUUUGUACAGCAACUCAUCUGAAGCUUUCAAUAUGGUGUUCUAAAAUAGACUGAUAAAUUUGGUUUGUUUUGUUUUGUUUUAACACCUUGUUUACGGUUAUCAGAGUUAAACAUUUUCAAGACUUAGUGUUUAUCAACAUUUUUAAUGUUUGAACAUUUGUUUUCGCUUCUUGUUUGCUGUCUGCUUCCAAGUUGCGCAGGUUGCAUCUCAAAAAUGGAUUCGCUUCUAAGCACAAUCACAAUAAACCACCAAAGAAAAGUCAUAAUUUCUGGCAGUUGUUUUUCUGUCAUGGUUAUUAGUCUUCUGUACCAUAAAAUGCCUAGUGAACAUCUCAGGCAUUUUGCAACACUGCUUAGAAUUUUUUGAACAGUUUCAGAUUUCAGGCUCAACUCGACCAGAAAUGACUGGGCAGGAUUUUGUCCAACUUUGUAAUCUGCCUAUCGAUCUAACUUAUAAAAGGGCCAAUUUAAACUGCUUCAGUAAGGUAAUUUUCCUUCAUAUUUGCUGUUAUACAUCGCCAGGGUCCCUCUAUCGUUGUCUUUGGACACACAUCUUUCAAAUAUAAAAUUUGUUUCCAAUUUGUCUGUACAACUGUCAUCUGCUUUGUAUAUAUGAAUAUAUAAAUAUAAAUCACUUGAUAUAUUAUGAGGUUUUCUACCAUUAUUGUAAACAUUCCAUUGCGAAUGCCACUUAUAAAUACAACACGUUUUUUGUACCUACAUUAAUUAAUUAAGGAAUUAACUGUAAUCCCAUUUUUUGUGUGGCAUGUUUGAAUCCAAUCAAUGUACUUCUUUCAGUUGAUCCAUGAUCACUUGAUUAAAAAAAUUAUUUGAACUUGAAAACAUUUUUAAAAUCUGUUCAUUUUUCCUCGUCUGUAGUUCAAGCUGUUCAAAGUGUAAAUGAAAAAAUUAUAUAUCAGCAAAUAUAUAUUAUAAAUAUUCCUAUUUAUUUCUGCGGCUCUGUCGCAACACGCGCUGUUUUUGUAUAGUUGUGCCAUUGCCUACAUGUAGGUGUAUUCAUCAAAAUUAUUUGUGUAUAAUUAUUACGAAGGAUUAGCCUUCGCUACGCUGUGAUGACUACUUCGCACGGUUUGAUGUAAUAUGCGUGAACAAGUUGGUGUUUCCACCAAGUGCAAUUUGAUAACAAGUAAUAUUCAACUCCUAUGGUGCACAGUAAGACUUUCCAAAAAAAACAAAAGAAUAAAAAAGAGUAACAAAAACAUAAAACCAAGUUUGGUAAGUCAUUUUUAAAAUAUUAACCAAUUUACUCAGAACAUAUAUCGAGAAUCGUAAUCUUGUUUAUAUUGAGUAACUAUAUAAGUAUGUUGAUACACUUCAACAAGUAUUGUUGGAUUUGACAAAAUGAAAAGGAAAAAAAAAGAUAAAUACAACUUUUUUAUAUACCAAACUUGAUUUGCAGUUGAUACAUGAAACUUUUGAUAAUGAUUUACCUUAACAAAUAUUUCCCUAAAUUUUCAAAUUUUGACUUUUUCAAGUUUUUCGUAAGCAUUCUCCUGUAGACCUAGAAUGUUGUUUUUUCCCUUCUAAAAUUAGUAAUGUAUGAUCGUGUUGUUGUUUUUCUCUCGAAAAUAUGUUUUGUCUACAUGAUGUUUUAUACCUAGUUUAAUUAAUGGAACUGGUUGAUAUUGUUACCUCUUUACAUUUAAAUUUAGGUUGGUGAGCCAUCCUUUAAUUUUCGUUUUUGAAGAGAAAUUUUUCAAUCAAUUUCUUUAUGCCUCCUUGUGGAAGGAAAGUCCCUAAUUUGGUUUGUUUUUUUUUGGGGGGAGAAUAGUUUUUUUUUCCAUUUACUUAGUGUUUUAUUUUUUGAGGAGUACCAUGCAAGUCUAGUUCCCUGACGUUACUGUCGGCCCCAUGUUUAGUUACUUAAUAGACCAUUAUCAUGUUGCAGCCAUUUGAUUUUUUUCCCAUUCAAAUCAACGUAACCAAAGCGAGGCUGGAA